AUGAUAUCGUUAGUUGGAAUAUGGGAUCAAUAAAAAAAAUUCUCAACUGAUUUGAUAAAUAAAUAAGUAAUUGUAAAGAAAAAACUUUAUUGUAUAAUUGAUUAUAAUAUAUAGGUGCCAAUUAUCUGAACAUCUAAAAUGCUAUUUAUUCACUUUUGAGUAGUAACUUAUCCAUUGUAAACUUCUUAAACGAUUGCUGA